AUGGCUAUCCGCAUGCGCCGUGAAUCGCGCCGGCGCUACCACUGGCCCGAGCUGCAGCUCAAUGUGUGGAUCAUGGUCGUGCUAUCAGGGUCGGCGACAUGUCUGGGGAUAUUUUCAUGGUUUAUGGCCGUGCAAGCACAAAUGCAUCUAGGGACACCAUGGCUCUUCCCAUACAUGGUUGUCACUAGUGCCCUGGGCGUCUUCUUUAUCUUCCUCGUCCUUAUCCUUGCCGCGCGCCGCUUCUUGCUUCCCGGGAUUAUCAUCAUUGGCAGCUUCAUCCUGUUCGUGCUAUGGCUGACAGGCCUGAUCGAGACCUCGCUGCAGCUGUAUGGCGUCGUGGGAAAUGUCAAUGAUAACUGCCAGAUCUAUGUUGUGGAGAAUGUGGCGCGGGGGAAUAACAUGAAUACAUUGGCGUGGUUGACGCAAAGCACGAUUUGCAAUUGCUGGAAAACUGCCUUUGCCUUUGAGCUGGUCAACACUGUCUUCUAUCUCUGGAUGGUGGUAAUGUCGUGGCAGGUCAACCGGGAUGUGUACUGA